AUGCAACCAUCGUCCUCUCAGAAGAGCGACAAGGAGAAAAAGACGCCUACCUCGGUGCGUCAACUCCUUCGAGAACAGCGAGAACUCGAUGAGAAGCGCAAGUUCGGCCUCGCCCCGCUCGCCGUAGAUGCUGUGACGCAGCAGGAGAUUAGCCCGAACGUCCCCCAGUCCAUCGCCCGCGCGCCGUGGUACUACGGCGUCCAAGGCACCACCUUAGACCACCAGCGGAAGAAAGCCGUGGAUGGCACCGACACCACCGACGCCUAUGACCGCCUCAAUGAUUACGAGGAGCGGGUGGUGGUGGUGGGGCGGCCGAAGCAUUAUGUGGCCGGGGCCUGUGCCAACUGUGGCUCCCGCACCCACAAGACGCCGCAUUGUUUGCUGCCCAAGAAGAAAGUCGGCGCGAAGUACAGUGGGGUGGUGACAGGGGUGGAUGUGAAGGUGGUCGCCCCGGCGACGGGCGCCAUCCCGACGUCCGCGCAAAAACGAAACCGCCUUGUGGAUAAGGUGGGCAUCGAUUUGCUACACCAGGCCCUGCAAGAGAAUGAUGAGGGGGAACCGGGAGACGACCCCGACAGCGACCCAAGUAAGCGAGCGAGGCCCGAGAACGCCUUCGCCAAGCUCGCCGCCCAGCACGGCGGGCUUGAAAUUCAACCGCUUCCGAAAUAUUUAGAAAAUUUAGACGAAAAGGACAUCUUUUUCGACCCCAAAAUGGGGGCUAUGCGGGAAAAUCCGAAUGCGCACGAUCCCACGAGGCUUUUCCAGGGAGAUCUACAGCGCUAUCGGUCUGGAGACUACUACAACUAUGUGGAAUCCCAGUACCGCUACCUGACUGGGCAGUCGAAGUCUUUUGUGGAUUUCGCACUGGACGAAGAAUUAGGUCGCGCAAAAGGUUUGGAGAAGGUCGAAGGGGGAGGAAGUGCAUCGGCAACGAAGGAAAAAACUUCAGACAAAGAAAUAAAAGACGGGAAGAUUGAAGGUCGAAGUUCGGACGACAGGGAACUCGCCGUGAAGACGCUUGUUCGCUCACUUUAUGGAAACUCUGUUGAUCAAAACACCAGCAAUGUUGCAACGAAAUCACUCUCGUCAUUAGGGGAUUCUGCUUUGGGGACUGCGGCGGCCGUGGAGGCACCGUGUGGACCCAAGAAAGAGACGAAGGGAGGCGCAUGUGCCCCUUUUGCACCCCAUAGCUCUGCCAUUGAAACAGAGGAAUCACAUCUCAUACGGGUUCAUGAGAAGCUGAUGCGGCUCUCUCAUCACGACGUUACUUCGUAUGGAGAUCAUGCGUACUGCUUUGGUAGCUACUUCGACCCGGAAAUUUUUUCUUGGGGGUUUAAGUGCUGCCACAAGUGUGAAAAGGACUCUCCAUGUACGUCGGAGCUACACAAAAAUCCAAAAGAAUAG